ACUCGCGGCGCCGGCACAGCGACAGGCGCCCCGCGCUUGCCUCCUCCCCGGCCCGGCCGCCUCCUGCAGGCAGCUGCUCUGUCCGCGCGGGGAGCUAAGCCCGGCGCUCCGCCUCGGCGCCCAUGACCAGCGACUUCCAGAAGUCCUGACGCCCCAGGGUGCAAAUCCGGCCGCGAUGAACGCGAGCGCCGCCUCGCUCAAUGACUCCCAGGUGGUGGUAGUGGCGGCCGAAGGAGCGGCGGCGGCGGCCACAGCAGCAGGGGGGCCGGACACUGGCGAAUGGGGACCCCCGGCUGCAGCGGCUCUGGGAGCCGGCGGCGGAGCUAAUGGGUCUCUGGAGCUGUCCUCGCAGCUGUCGGCUGGGCCACCGGGACUCCUGCUGCCAGCGGUGAAUCCGUGGGACGUGCUCCUGUGCGUGUCGGGGACAGUGAUCGCUGGAGAAAAUGCGCUGGUGGUGGCGCUCAUUGCGUCCACCCCGGCGCUGCGCACGCCCAUGUUCGUGCUCGUGGGCAGCCUGGCCACCGCCGACCUGUUGGCGGGCUGUGGCCUCAUCUUGCACUUUGUGUUCCAGUACGUGGUGCCCUCGGAGACUGUGAGUCUGCUCACGGUGGGCUUCCUCGUGGCCUCCUUCGCCGCCUCUGUCAGCAGCCUGCUGGCCAUUACGGUGGAUCGCUACCUGUCCCUAUAUAACGCGCUCACCUAUUACUCGCGCCGGACCCUGUUGGGCGUGCACCUCCUGCUUGCCGCCACCUGGACCGUGUCCCUAGGCCUGGGGCUGCUGCCCGUGCUGGGCUGGAACUGCCUGGCAGAGCGCGCCGCCUGCAGCGUGGUGCGCCCGCUGGCGCGCAGCCACGUGGCGCUACUCUCCGCCGCAUUCUUCAUGGUCUUCGGCAUUAUGCUGCACCUGUACGUGCGCAUCUGCCAGGUGGUCUGGCGCCACGCGCACCAGAUCGCGCUGCAGCAGCACUGCCUGGCGCCACCCCACCUCGCCGCCACCAGAAAGGGUGUGGGUACACUGGCUGUGGUGCUGGGCACUUUCGGCGCCAGCUGGCUGCCCUUCGCCAUCUAUUGCGUGGUGGGCAGCCAUGAGGACCCGGCGGUCUACACUUACGCCACCCUGCUGCCCGCCACCUACAACUCCAUGAUCAAUCCCAUCAUCUAUGCCUUCCGCAACCAGGAGAUCCAGCGCGCCCUGUGGCUCCUGCUCUGUGGCUGUUUCCAGUCCAAAGUGCCCUUUCGUUCCAGGUCCCCCAGCGAGGUCUGAAGGGCUCGCUCCGUGUCCUCUCACCAACACCACACCCCAACAAGCCAGCCUUUGGUAAGCUCGGUGCCUGCUGACGAACUCUGAGAUCCCAAUGGUGUGAGUCUGACUUUGGAAAGAAAAAGGGACUAAAGAGAAAUGCAACAAACUUACAAGGACAAAGAGGCUUGUUGGCACUUUAUAUAUACAGUGUAUACAUGUGUACAUAUAUAUACAAAUAUUUGUAUCUUCUGGAGGUGUUCAGGAUGUGGAGCUUCCUAUUCUGUGAAAAACCAAGAAAAAGAUAUGGUUGUAUACUCAAAUUGUACAUCACAUUUGUCAAACGAAGACAUUCCAAUACUGCUUAAUUAUAGCACUUUAUUUUUAGCUGCUGAACUGCCAAAACAGUGUUGCCAUUUUCAAGGGCAGGGAAAAGGGAGUAAAAGGUGUAUUUUUGUUGUAUGUGAUAGAAUAUUUUGCUGCACAUGCAUCAACAAAUUACAACAUAUUUUGUACACGAAUAAACCCAUUACAAGAAUGUAAUUUGGGGUAUGUGGCUGACUAUAGAAUUACCAUUAGAGAGCUGAAUUAUAAGUGUAUGAGUGUCUUUCUUUCCUUUCUUUCUUCCUUUCUUUUUUUUUGCUUGCUUGUUUGCUUGCUUUCUCUUGCUUUCUUUCUUUCUCUUUCGUUUGUUCGAGUUAGAGUCUCAUUCUGUCGCCCAGGCCUGAAUGCAGUGGCACAAUCAAAGCUCAGUGCAGCCUUGAACUCCUGGGCCCAAGAAAUCCUGCUUUAGCAUCCCUAGUAGCUGGGACUACAGGCAUGCCACAGCAUGCAGCUUACUUUAUUUAUUUUUUUAAGUUUUUAAAAUUUCUAUAGUUUUGAGGGUACAGGUGCCUUUUUUGGUUACAUAGAUGAGUUCUUUAGUAGUGAAUUCUGAGAUUUUAGUGCACCUGUCACCUGAGCAGUGUACACUGUAUCUGAUAUGUAAUAUUUUAUCCCUCACCUCCCUCCCAACCUCUCCCCACUGCAAGUCCCCACAGUCCAUUAUAUCACUCUGUAUGGUUUUCUGUCCUCAUAGCUUAGCUCCCACUUAUAAGGGAGAUCAUAUGGUAUUUGAUUUUUCAUUCUUGAGUUACUUCACUUAGAAUAAUGGCCUCCAGUUUCAUCCAGGUUGCUGCAAAAGACAUUAUUUCACUCCUUUUUAUGGCUGAGUAGUAUUCCAUAGUGUAUCUCUAUCUAUAUAUAUCUAUAUAGAUAUAUAUAAUCUUUUCUUUAUCCAAUCUUUGGUUGAAGGGCAUGUAGGUUGGUUCCAUAUCCUUGCAAUUACGAGUUUAUUAUGUAGUAUCAUUCUCCUGAGAAAACCUUAAUGUAAAAAAAUCAUAUGCAUUUGCACAUUGUUCAUAAACUUUCACUGAAAUACCAAAUUUAUAUCAUUGUGGUUGGGGAGGGAGGGUGCAGGAAGGGAGCAAUAUACUCAUGUGGCAGUAUUCACAGGACAACAAAAGGUUACUGGUGUUAUCUGUGCAAUUUAAUCUACUCCCUUGGUUACUGGGUUUGGAAAACAAGUAUCCGAGGAUAUCCGAAAACAUAUCUUCCUCUCAUUCCCUGUGCACUUGUGAAUCCUGAAACCACAACUUUCAGUUGUAAUUUUUCCAGUAUGGCAAGAAUUCUAAAUGUUUAAAAUUUAUGUUGACUUAAUACAUUGUUGCUGGCCAGAUCUUGUAGUAAAAUGCACAGGCUUGUAAAAUGAAUAAAUUCUUCCAAGACAGAA